ACCCUGCCGUUAGUCACCCUUUUCAUUCACACAAUUCGCCGUCAAAUUGGAAACCAAACAAUUCAGUGAAAUUUGAAAAGUCGUCGCGAGUGGUUGUUUUCCUCAGCAAAUAAUUGUGUUACGAACAAGUAUUUUGAAACAGAAAAAAUCGUUGAAAGCAUUAGCGUGCGGUUAACGUCUACAACAACAAAAAUAUUAUAAGCUAUAGCGCGGUACAGCGAUACAGCGUAUUUUGGAGGGAAGCGGCGAAACCUUACAGAUUUUUUGGUAAUUUUCCAUCAACACCACACAGCUGCGUCAAUUCGAAUAUACUGCGAUAUAGUAUUGUGCUGACUUCACUUUUGACUUGUACAUUCGCAUAGCUACUUACAUACAUCCAUACUAAUUGUGGGAAAAUCGAAAAUGGUGCUGACGAACUUCGAGUGCUGGGCACAUGGUGGCGCUGUCAUGGGCAACGAUGAAUUGCCGGUCAAUUCGCGUCCGUUGGACAUGUUUAAUCCACGCAGCGUGCAGCAGCGUUUGAGCAGCUCCACCGACACAUCACCUGUGUCGCAUAUUUCCUCGAACGGUUAUUAUGGUUUCUCCUAUGUGAAUGCAGCACAUGAGCUCGCUGACAACAAUACGAAUGUUAAUAAUAACAACAACAACAACAACAUUAAUAAUAACAAUAACACAUGUGUGCCAAAUGCAAAUGAUGUCAAUGGCAUGCUGCUGCUGCCGACGUUGAUGCACAACCACAACCACAACAACAACAGCAUGGAUGUCAGCGUUGCUAGCGUUGGCGCAACUGCUGCAUUUGGCAGCCCGUUAAAUGCCACACAACGCUGCAAGAAACGCUACUUCGUGAGCGAUGAUGAUUACGCCAAUUGUGCGUUGCUCAACGGCUGUGACAGCGCUGUGGGCAUACGUGACGUCGCAGUCGCCGGCUUGGAUGUGUGCGCGGCCAAGCGCUGCCGCUUCGAUGAUGACUAUGCUGCGGCGCAGUAUUGUAAUGAUUUCUUCUCGCUCCCCUCAACACAAAUUGGCACACAGUCUUGUCUAAUGGAUACUGAGGACACACCACCACAGCAACAACAACAACAACAACAACCACAGGUAGAUGUCAUUACGGGCGCUGCAAAUCUCACCAAUACAACAAGUAAUACACAUUAUAACACAACACAACAACAACAGCACGAACAGCAGUUGCAACAACAACAACAACAACAGCAAGUAAUUAAUGCUUCCAAUUAUCAGCAACAAAACGCAGCGCAAGCACCACCAAUUGUUGUCUACCAACAACAACAUAAUUAUCAUGGUCACUUGCAUCGCGCCAAUCGGGAUGUUAGUCGUUGCUUAUUGUCGCACAUGAUCUAAAUUAGAGCAAAAAUUCACCUACAUAUCGCCCAGCGCAAAUACAAUUUUAGUAAAGUAGUAGGCUAAGGCGGGUUAUAACGCAUAAGCAGGAUAAAUGAAUUUCACUGUAUAAUUUUUGAAAUUUUUUUAACUAAAAAAAAUAACGUAUUAUUUUCUUAAUUUUUUUUUAAAUUUUUUUUAUUUUUUUUUUUUUGGAAAUUUUUUGAAAUUUUUCAAAUUCACAACGAAUUAGAUUUUGAUUUAUUAUCAUUUUUUAUGUUUAUAAACGCUUCUAAUGCAAUAUUGAAGUAACUUUGAGUACCUACGCUUAGCAUAAUUAUAUUAAAAAUUAAAAUUUUUUAUAAUUGCUUUUAUGCAUAAUAAAAUAGUGUUUAUAGUUUAAGCAAAACAAGCAACCAAACCACCUCAAAUGCAAUACUAAAACCACUACUUAAAUACCUGGUAACGCAAAUUACAUAUAAAUGUGCACACAUACAACUACAAAUGUAUGUUUGUAUGUAAAUAUGGUGUUUUUUUUUGUAAAAAUAUGUAUUUAUGUAAAUUAUUUUAUUUGUUUGCAAUUGAAAUUUUUAAAUGCACAAAUGUACUUAAAUGAAAUGGAAGUGUAAUGGCUUGUGAAAUUAAAUGCAAGGCAUACAAAAUUAUUUAUGAAAAAGCGGUGUAUGCAUGAUUUCACUUUGUGCUAAAAUAAAAAAAAAAUUAAGUGAAUAAGCGAUAUGGAAACGUUGGCGCAAAUUUUUAUAUAUAAAAUAUUUGAUUUGUAAGCAUUAGGUUGGCACGCGUGUUAGUUAUUGCAGAUAAGCAAUGGAAGAAAUGUUGAAAAGUGUGACAAAUUAUAUAUAAAACGGUAUGUAAGCAUGUAAAAUAAUGUUAAUAAACAACUACUUAAAUAAUAUAAAUAUAUGUGAACUAUUGAGGUCCUUAUACAUACAUACAUAUAUAGCAAUAUUUUUUAAACGCACUAAAAAUUACCAAAACUUAGCCAAAUAAAAAUUUUAAACGCAAAUAAAUGUAAUUUAAACGUAUAAAUAUAACGUUUAUGGAAUUACAAAUAAAGCACAAUGGUGAAAAUUAUAUUUUUUUUUUAUAAUUAAAUAUGUUAAUUUAAGUAUUUUUAAAAAAUUUUGAACAAGCUCUAUAAAAAGGUGAAAAAAUUUGAGACGCUGUACCUCUAGCUCCUUGGCGACUAUAGAAAUGACUAACAUAACGAUUGGUUUACGCAUUUCUCACAAUGACUUUAGUAUCUGCUGUGUUUAUAUUUUACAAAAAAAGAGUACAUAAGCGCCUGUGUGUCUACAGACCAUUCAACACAAAGUCGUGACGAUUGCGUGCCAUUUUAG